UAAAAUAUAUUCAUGUAGGUCACGGAAUUAAUAUUGUGUUACGUAUUCGCUUCAAAGCUUAAUAUACAUUAAUAGUUAUGUAUGUCAACCUUUGUCGGAUUCCUACUUCAUUGCUCAGAUAAUUUGAUGCGAGACUGGAUACAUGUGGAAAAAAGUUUUUCAUCGUGUCAAGGCACCUGAAGGAGGUGGUAUGACAAAAUGGCUGUUUUUUAGCAUCAGCGUCUGUGUGUUUGGUAAUUCUUUCCUGUACGGCUACAACAUCGGAGUGGUGAACUCUCCGGCCUUGAUAAUCAAAACAUUCUACAGCCAAGUUUAUUUAGCUAGAGACGGAAUUGAAACCGUAUUUAACCCCCAAGACAAGGGUCUGCACUAUGUUGAUCCAGCGAGAUAUGUCAACACCACUACACCGGCCGUUGUGGUGGUGGAUAACAACAGUAACACCACCGCUGACAACUCCACAGCACUGUCCGAUAACAGUACUAAAGGCACCUACGCCGUGGAAACAACCACUGUCAGGCCUGUGUCUAUGGCAAAGACAGAAACAGAAAUUAAUGAGGAUAACUUCAUCGAACUAUUAUGGUCGCUGACAGUCGCUCUGUUUGUGUUCUUUGGAAUGGUUGGAGCAUUUGCUUCAGGACGAGUAGCGGACUACUUUGGAAGAAAGAAGGGGAUGAUAAUUAUCACCGUGCUCAUGUUUUUUGCCGCCAUGUUUGGUGGGAUUACAACCAUAGCCAAGUCGCCGGAAUGUCUCAUGAUUUCCCGUAUAUUUGUGGGUCUACACAAUGGUGUAAGUGUAAGCUUAGCUUCCCUGUAUCUGGCCGAGAUCUCACCAAGAAGUAUCCGCGGAGCUGUCGGAACAUGUCACCAGCUUUUCAUUACCGUCGGUAUCCUCUGGUCCCAGGUCCUCGGUCUGCCAGAUAUCUCAGGCGGAUGGGGCGUCUGGCCAUGGCUGUUCGCUUUCAACGCCCUGCCUGCUCUAGCCUGCCUCGUGCUGUUCCCACUGUGCCCUGAGAGCCCGAGGUAUCUUCUCAUCAAGAAAGCGGACGAGGAUGGUGCUAAGAAAGCUCUAGUCAAGCUGCGUGGCUAUGACAACGUCGAGGAGGAGAUGGAAGAGAUGCGCGUGGAGGCGAGAAGAGCGUCCUCUGUGGAGCAGUUCACACUUAAAAAACUGUUGACUACCCCCGAACUAAAACUGCCAAUCAUCAUUGCUUGCACGCUGCAGGUUGCACAACAAUGGUCCGGAAUCAACGCUGCAAUGUCCUACUCGACAUUCAUCUUCAAACAGGCCACCAUUCCAGAAAAUACGAUUCCCUACGUUAUCGUCGGGCAGGGGGCUGUUAACGUCCUUGCAACAAUUGUCUGUGUUCCUCUGAUGGAGAAGCUUGGUCGACGUCCACUCUUGAUCUUCCCGAUGUGCGGCAUGGUUAUAUCUUUCCUCGUGUUGACCAUCUGCCUUACGCUCUUACAGUCCGGUGACUACGAUGACUCGAAAAAGAUCCUCGGCAUCGUCUGUAUCGUGGUAAUGAUGACGUACAUCAUUGGCUUUGCAGUCGGCCUUGGACCAAUCCCGUUCAUUGUUUGUGGUGAAAUUUUCCGCCAAGAGCCUCGUGCGGCUGCCAUGAGUCUGUCCCUGGCUUUCAACUGGAUUUGUAACUUUAUCCUCAUGUUGUCCUUCCGGUUUAUACAGAAAGCGAUCGAAUCCUACACUUACUUGAUCUUCAUCGUUAUUCUUGUGGCGGCCAUUAUUUUCAUCGUUAUCUUUGUACCGGAGACGAAAAACAAGACCUUCGAUGAGAUUGCCCAGUCGAUUGCCUUUGGGCGAGGAGCAAGACGACCUGCAUUUAAUGAGAACGGCGGAGAAGAACUUCAGCCAAUGGGAGAUCAGAAAAUUUAACUAUGGCUACGAUAGAAUAACACUAGGAAAUAUACUGGAGGCAUAACAAUGAUUUUGGGAAAGAGGGUUUCAAUGGUAUCGCUCAUACGAUAAAGGGUCUUAAACACGCUAAAUAUAGUAUUACACUAAGUAAGGUACUGGAGGCAUAACAAUGCACUUCAAAGAUAUCGUUCGCGCGAUAUAGGGUCUUAAAUAGAUGCCUGAUGCAUUUUGUGAACUGUUUAGACCACCUUGUCUACGUAUAUGUAGAAGAAGCCACUGCGGCAUUUUGUUAUUUCUUGCUGUAGUCAAACAAUUCACUCCCUUAAUUUACAAACGUUAUAUUAUAACCUUGAAAAUCGGUUUGAAAUAUUUAUAAAUUUCGGGUUUGUUGUUAAAUAUUUUAGAUCUUAGACCAGCGUCUUCCAAUAAUAAUGCCAGCUCAAAUUCAAAAGUAUUACCCACUCUCAAGUUCAAAAUAAUGGUUGUGAAUUUGUCGAUAGGAGACCAUUUCCGAUGACCAUAGCUAACAAAGUGACAGGGAAAAAGUGGUACACUACCUUAAAUUUCUUGAGAUCUCUUAAGUGUGGAUGCUGUUUCCAAAAGCAUGUAUGUCUCUAGUAACUUUACUUGUGUGUGUUUAAGAAAUUGAAUUUGCUUGCCGAGACUACAGUCUCAUUGUGGGGUACACUUUUACCAAGCUGGUAAAGCGGGAUUUGUUUGGUAGGCGUUACAGUACAUUGACAGAAGGGUAUAGUUAGUUUUGCAUGUUCAACGGAGUGUUUUAGAUAUUGUUUAGACAUUGUAGGAAUCGUAAAAUAUUUUAUGUCAGGAUAAUCUCAUUCAACAUUAUUAUCAAUGUGUACAAUUGUUAGGGCUAAUCUCUACCGAGUGUUAAGUCUUUUACAGUGUUUUGUGUUUUUGUUUUAAUUUUUUUUGAUCUGCUCAGAUUUUAUAUUUAUUAUUGUUUUUUAUGUUUUGUUAGGCAAUGCGUGUAAUUUGUAAAUGCAUUUAGCUUUUGCAAUUCUCAUUAAGGAUUUUAACAGAUUUUUAAUAUAUCUUAUUGCCUUCAUCAUGCAAAUGUUUUAAACCCUUGGCAAGGUCACGUUUGAUAUAGUUGAAGGGAAAUACAAUUAAGUAACACCUAAAAUUGGAAUUGAACCGCCUGGCCUCAAUUUCUCGAGAGGUCUUAUAGUAACAGGAAGCUAAUUUCUUUAGGCCAAAUUUCUAAAUCAUGAUCAUGGUAAGAAUAUAAAUUUUACACAAAGUAUGCCUAAACCAAAAUAGGGCGAUGAGCAUAAUCCUGUACCAUAUUUAAGAUGCUUUGAGAAAUUGGGGUCUUUAGGGUAAGAGUGAGGGUCCUGAAAUAUGCCUUGUGUCAGAAGAUCACAUUAUUUAUAACUAGUGUACACAACAUCAUAACAUACCACGAGGCAAAACAAUUUCGAUGCACAACAACAAACAACAAACACAAAUACAUUGCCCUGGAAACAUAGCGGCAACAACAAAGGGACAUUAGUCUGUUGUCCAAAUACAAAAAUUCCCGGUCAGAACUAAUAGUAUACAAAAAAUCCCGAUCAAAAGCUUUAUGGUGGUUUAAGCAUCGCCAUAGUUUCAGGAUUAAACCCCCAGUCUUCUUCAGACGAAGACAUUUGUUGGUUAAGACGAAGAGGAACAUCCGGUUUUUGAGAUAGCUUGAUAGGACAAUGUUAUGUCUUAGGCAUGUGAAUUAACAAAUACAUCGUCUGAAUGAACCUGACCGUUCCAAGGCGGACACCCUUAUCAAUUUGUAAGUCAAGGUCACUGGCUUUAUUUCAAUCGGAUUGAAAACAAGUCAUUAAAGGCGGCCAAUGGAAACUGCUUCUAUAUACUGUGUUAGCCUAAAUGACCCGACCAAUGACGGCUACAGAAUUGUGAGAAAAUACUAAAGAACACGAUAUAAACAAUGCAUGUGAUCAACAUCUUCACUUUAACUAAUGGUUAAUGCAAGUACAAAAACAAAAUAAUUUAACAAUGAGAAUAUCAAUGCAAAGUUAGACAGACUACUUGAAAAAGAUAUUCGUAUACCAGACACGCAAGCAAAUUAGGCCACACGUUCUACCAACAACAAAUACGACCCUCUCACAGUGUCUCACAAAAGCUUCAACACAUGGUAUAUUUCUAUGAAAAUAUAUGAUUAUUCUGUCGCACUUACAUCAAAUUGGGGCCGUUGCUUUUUGUAUGAAUUUGUUUUUGGUUUUAUUUAUGCUUUUAUAUAUGAAAUGCAUGUAUCAUAUAACAAGGGUGUGAUGUUAUAAGAGAGUACUGAAUCUCAUGACUUUUUCAAUUGGAAUUCAUCGGCCAAUUUCCAUCGAAAACAACCUCGGAUGUAUAUGGAACGAUUACAAUGUUUGAAAUGUUCACAGUUUACAAUGUCAAAACUAUUAACAUUUAACUACACGGCCAGAAUAUCGCGUAGUAAUUUCAGUUAAGAAGUUCAACAUAAGGACUUAACUCUAAGGAAUCUGAUUUUUUAUGCCAUGAUACAUUUCACUGGCAAUCAAUUUGAACUUAGAACUUUAUGCGAAUUACACGUUUAAAACAAUUAAUUAAUAUAAUUAUUGUUAAUUUUACGAGUUACCUCGAAUAUAGCCGGAAGAUAUCUGAGGUUGUAUUCGAUGGAAAAGGCAGAGAUAUUCCGAUUGAUGACUUUUUAUUACUCAUUUUCUAUCUUUGUGUUUAGAAAUUGUGAUAAGGCUUUUGCUGUUUUCUGCUUUUGUAACGUGUACUUGACUCUUCCCGAAUCUCAUUAUAUAAUAGUAUUGAAACUAUUUAUACUUUAUAAACUUUAAAAAUGUCGUAUGUUAAUAAGGUAUUUAGAUUUACCAUGACAUUUAAUGUAUACAUCAUAAAUUAAUGUUGUUACAAAUUUAUUAUUGUGGAAUAGUUGUUUUUAUUGAUAUCGUCAUUGUGAUGUGUGUCAUCCAAUUAUUACAUUACAAGUUAUACGAUCAAGAUAAUGGUUAAAUAAUAUUUAAGUAAUACUUAUAAAUGUGUGUUUGUUGACUGCACAACAGAUUAUGUAUUCAGGGGUUCUAAAGUUCAGAAAUAAUCCUAAAAUCAGGAAUCAGAGCUUUAAAUAUCCUACACUUCCAAAGACUGUUUUUUGCUCGGAAAUGUGCAUAAAAACAGUAAAAACAACAUUGAAAUUAAUAUCAAUAACUUUGGAACAAUUUCAUAGGGCAGGAAUUCAUGCUCAAGCAGACCCCUGACUGUUGUUUUUAGGAUUGAAAAUGAUCCACCUAUAGAAACCCUGAUGUGUUGUUAACACGGUGCUAUUGACACUCGGAUCUGCGGGUAGUUUACACCCAUUUGAAUUAAGGUUUUCGGUGUACAAUAAGAUGGCCAUUUUAUCAAGAAAUCGUUCUUAUUUUGUGAUGCAAUGAGACUCCAUAUAAUGUUGGUUACUACUGAAAGGGUAUUUAUACUGAUAAACAUUAUCUUGACUUGCCAUUUUAUUAAACAAUCAUUCUUAAUUUGUUAUGCAGGACUCCAUAUGAUCGUGGUAACUUGUGAGAGGAUAUAUAAAUAUUGAUGUUUAUAAUCUGAAUUAAAUGAAUCACGAAUCAUUACAUAUUAUAAGGUUAUUGCAGUUUAUAUUUCUAUUCUUUAUUUCAACUCAAAUUUGAAGUGAAAUGACUGAUUUUUCGAUCUGUCAAGAUCAAAGCAGCUUGUUUGUAAUAUUUUUAUCGGUAUUAUAUUUACAUUAACUUUAUUUACACACUAAACCCUUACAAUGAAUACCGAAUUAAUAUGAGUUCACCAAGCGCCAACAUACAAUAUUGUACAUCGAACACCUUUCUUUAACGAACGUAAUUCCUUCCUUUGCUGUGACUGUUUGGACUGUAUAGUUUUGUAUGAAAUGUACAUGUUGAAUAUUGGUUGAUAUUUAUGUUGUAGAUUGUUGAUUACACGUUUCUAACGCCACAAGUUUUUUUGCAUUGGCUUUAAAAAAAUGAAACCCAUUGCUGGACGUUUUCAUGGUAUAUUUGGUUCUCUAAGCUAAUGGCAAAUUUACCAACAGGAGCAAACGUAUUUUCUGAAUGAUGUGCAUGCAAUUGUAUAUUUUAGGCAUUUUUUAUUAUUUUUGGCAGCUAUAGCGUAUAGUUAAGAUUGUAGUGUAUGAGUGAGGGAAAAUUAUGAUAGUUUAAAUUAGCUCAGGGGCGGGUCCAGAAUUUGGUGUUAGAGGGGAUGCAACGUACUUCCAUCCUCAAACAUGUAUAGUUUUAAAUGUGGUAAAGGGUUUAUGGGGUUGAGUAAUCAGAAAUGGUGCAUUAUACAUUCUUAACACAAGACAGUUCACUUGGACAUGUUUAGGGGACAGAGGUGGGCCCGAGCUGUAAACCCGGUAGUGAAUACUAUGUUCAGAUUUAAAACAAUAGUUCAACAUCACUGUUGUUGGAUGUCGUAAAAACGGGGUCACUAGACAUGAUUACCUUUGCUGAUUUAAAAAAAACACAUCAAGGAUUGGUAACUGUCGAAUUGCACAAAGAAUUACUACACUUUUAAACGAAUUGUUGAAUUUCCAAAACACAGUUCUUGUAAAUAUAUUCCACAUAAUUUAUGUCGUAAACUGCGCAUGCAAGUAGGUUGAGAAUUUUCAACUGUUCCAAAAGCAUUCAUUGGCAUGGUAUUGAUCGACUUUUAAAACAUAUCUCAACACUUUAUCGAUGAAAGAUACAUUUCCAUAUACUCGCUAAUUCAGUGUACUGUCGGGAUACAGUAGGUUUGGGCUUAUGUUUCAAUAUCAUCGCAGGCUGAAAUGUUCAAUGUCGUGAUAAAUUACAUGUGAUGUCACGUGUGAUGUCACGAUUUAUUGUCAUCGCAGGAUGAAGACGUUUAGGUCAUACACGUGGUAUUACGUUUGUGUGUCAAAUAUUCGACAAUAACAGGUUUAGGAUUCCCACCAUAGCUUAUAUUGUUUAUUUUUUGUUAAAUCAUGUUUCCUUAUUGACAGAAUAUCCUAAAAAACAGACUCUAUUGAGCAAUAUAAUGAUAACAGCAAUUCAGUAUAUAACACAUUCUAUGACAUGUUAUUAGCUAGAAACGUUAUUACGAGACAACAAAAUUUAUUGUUUGUUUAGCCUGGUGUAAAAGCAAGACAAAAGACUCAUAACCCAUGUCUAAAAGUGAACAUACGUAGUAGUCGGGUAGGUAUGCAUACAGUUAUAGUGGUAAGCGGGAAAGGGCUAUAUCUGCAUACAGUUCUAGUGGUUAGCGCGAAAGGGCUUUAUCUGCAUACAGUUCUAGUUGUUAGCGCGAAAGGGCUAGAUCUUCCUCCUCUUGUUUUAUAUUGUUACCAUUUGGCUUUCGCCCCUCGAGUUGUACUAUAGUCGCCUGGCUUGUAUGUACUGAUGUUUGUUAAUAAUAUUUUGCCUCCGCAAUCAGUGUGUCCGCAAUCACUGUGCUACUAAAUGUUAGUGCCCUUUGUACCAAUAUAUUAAAACGUUAUACUGUUAAAUAAUAUUCGUAACCUCAGACUUAUGUGCUACUUGAAAGAAAAACAUAUAUCCGUAAGCACCAGACGUAAUGCUGAUAAAUGAUACUAUGUUUGACACCCAGCCUUAUGUGCUGUUAAGUAUAAUCAGUAUUCCCCAUGUUCUCGACGAAUCUGAAGCUAGCAGGUUUAAGUAUCAUAUUCCUUAGAUCGGAAGUACUUGCUAAAACUUUACGUUCAUGUUUUAACUUUCAGCUACUGAGAUUGUUUCUGUAGUUUUUAAUAUAAAUAUUUAUACUAUCAUGAUUAACUUUUAAAAAAAAUCAUUUAAAAAUCAUUAAACUUCUUAAAAUGAAAAAUAUCAAAGAAAAGAUAGUGAGCUUAGCUUGGUCUUGUUUAAAGAUAUAUAGGACAGAAAUCGAGAAAUUGGGGACCGAUAUUGUCCUAUAAAAACGAAGCCUAUAUUAAAUAUUAAGGACAAACAACCCGUUACCCCCUACUAAUGUGUUAUCCAGAAUUAAAUAUCCGUAACCCCAAGGUUAAUGUGUUAUCCAGAAUUAAAUAUCCGUAACCCCAAGGCUAAUGUGUUAUCCAGAAUUAAAUAUCCGUAACCCCAAGGCUAAUGUGUUAUCCAGAAUUAAAUAUCCGUAACCCCAAGGCUAAUGUGUUAUCCAGAAUUAAAUAUCCGUAACCCCAAGGCUAAUGUGCUAUUUAGAAUAAAAUAUUUUCAUAACUCCAGCCUUACGUGCUUUUAGGUAUCAACUUUGUUGAUAAUUCCCAGACAUAUGUGCUAUUAUAGAUAGAAAUAUAAAACAUGUAGAUAUUGAUCAUAGUAUUGUCAGAGUAAAUAUACAUUAUGUGUUUGCGGUUCUUGUUUGUGUUUUAAAGUUAUUUUUGUGCUUUAGCAUGUUAAACUAUUUGCCAAUAUUAUUAUUGUUUGUCAUGAGUCUGUAUUUUUAAACUGAUUUAAACGUUUUAAUCACAUUAUGAAUUGAAUUGAAUUAAAUUGUUUUUAAUUAAAACUUGGUUAUUAUUUCCUUUCGUGAUUUUAAAAAAAUUAAAAACUAUACAUUAACAUUUACAUUGAAUAUGUAAUUAUAUUAUGUAAACUCGAGUUCUCUAAAACAUAUUUGGUAGUGUAUCAUAUGUGACGUCAUACGCGUCAUUUGAUGUAUUCACGUGAACAACAAAACACAAACUUCAAACAAGACUUUGAAUGCAAAAGAAAGUUAUAACAAUGUGUAACAACACUUUCAUAAAACUUGUAAAAGUACCUUGGAUGCUUAUGGGCAACUCAACCUUGCAAUAAUGUAAACGUCGUUCCUAGACAGGUCUCAUGUUCGCUGUGACGUCACAAAUGUUAAUACAAAAAUAUUUACAGUGCGAUUGAACAACAGAGGUUUUGUAUUGUGGUGUAUUAUAAAAUAAAAUAAAAAGAUAUAAUCAUGAA